UAAAAAGUGUUUACAUGUAGCGCGUUUUGUUGUUAUACAAAACUGGAUGAUACGAUGAUGUUUGCUGUAGAAAUUUUAGUGAUAAUGCAUGAAGUGGAAGGGAAAGGGGAACUGUACGAAGAGCGAGCCUUUUCUUGUUCGUCAAUCACGUGACAUUUUCAAACGUAAUUCUAAUUUAUAUUAAAAGUUGCACUUGUUUGCAAGACGUUCAUCAUGUCCGAUUUUCAUUCGGCUUUCAAAAAAAAAUUAUGUAUGCGCACCUACAGGGCAACGCCUCAUUAUUUGAUACCAGGAUUGAACCAGCAGAGAGCAUUAUGCUCUGAGCACUGUAGUGAGCAUGGAACCCAACACACUCUUCAGUGUGUCGGGCAUAAAUUGUUUAUACCAAAAACGGAAACACCACGUCUAGUUGUAAGUGGACGUGACGUAGCUACAUCUCUCGUUAGUGAGAAGUUCAAAUGGCAAGAAAAGGCGAAUGCGUUGGCAGUACGUUACAGGAAGAACCCCAAAGCUAAUGCUUCACUGGAACUAUUACAUGGAAAAGUACUUGCAGGAGUAACUGAUGUUACUGUAUCAAAUCUAUUGGCACAGUUUGUGAAGCACAUGAGCAGUGAUCCUGAUGCGGACUUUACUGGGCCUUACAACUGGUAUUACAGCGAGGGAACCCUCAGCGUUGUCAGCUUGAAGAAGAAACCCUUUAUAAUUUCCGUGCAAGGAAGAUAUUUGGACAAAAUAUGUUCUGUUCCACUAGAAGAAAAUAAUGGUGAAUGGAAACCUUGCCUCUCAUCAACCAUAACAAAAUGUGCCCCCAUUCGACGAAAACCCAUAUAUCAAAUAAAAGCAAGGAAUGUAAAAGGACGAGCUGUCAUAGGUGUGCGGCAGAGAAAUGCUGUUGCAGUUUAUUUGAACAAUGCCUGCAGACGUGAUUUGAAUCUUGUGCAACUUCAUACAUAUAAAAUUUGUGAGAAUGAGAGACCAUUAUCAGGCUUGGACCUUGAUACUUCUAAACCAGGGCACUUUUGUAGCUCUCACAGUGACAGGACAAUUAAAGUCUGGGAUCCUACACGCAGGAUACCCCUGCUGGAAGGCAGAGCUGCUCGCAAUAUAAACUGCCAGAAAGAAACUGGAAGUAGCUGGUGUGGUGUGUGGUAUGAUAAAAAUGACAUCAACCAGGUUGUUGUUGCCGACAACUGUUGUGUCACUUGGCACGAUAUCAGGUGUGGACUUAGUAAGAGUAAAGGAAUUUGCCUUGCGAGCACCAAACACAAGCUGCCACUGGAGUGGUCAUGCGAGGAAGUCUCACUUUUGGUGUCAUCACAGCUGCACCAUCAGUUGUACAUCGGCACUACCCACAGCCUGCUGCAGGUCGACAAAAGGUGGCCAACUCUAGCGCCACAGCCUGUGCGUCGAUGGACACACAUGCUAAAUGGGCACUUAUUGAUGGGUCAGACUGUUCCACUCCAAGGAACAAAAUCUGAGAUUAUUUGUGUUUCCUGUACCCAGCAGGCAGUAGUGGUUCUUGGAGGCGAAAUCUGUUGCAGUCAGCAUCCACCUCUCUGUGUAACUGAAGCAUGUGGUAAUCAGGGCAUCGUGGGGCUUUCAUUUCUGCCACAUCCUUAUCUAAAAAGAAGUGACAUCAUUACACAAAGUGGUAGUGGUGAUAUUAACUCACUUUGUUUAACAUGGGAUGCUGGAGUUGUGGAAAAACCGGAAAUAUCAGAUGCAAAAUACCACUGCAAAUCUUCAGAAGCCACCUGGACACUGGGAAGGGGCCGACAGCUCCAUGUCACAGAACGCUGCAACAUGCAGCCAGUAUACUUAGGCUUACAGAGUGCCAGGAAGAGGUCACUUCACAGACAACACACUUCAUCCCUACAAAAACAACCGUGGCAAAGAUCAAAAGCAGAUUUGAUGUCUUACACUGAUGUCUUAGCUCCAGGAAUACUCGAGGCAUGGGGAAUAGAUGAUAUGCAGGAAUGGUCACCUACCGUCACAGAGCCUUCUGCUGUUGACAAAGUUCAGCAGUGGCUACAAAUGAAUUCCACAUCACUGAAUACUGUUGAUGGAGAAAGUGAAAUUACAGCUGUUGAGAGUGUUUCUGCAAGUAGACUUCAGACUGCAGAUCAGACAUAUUUGUCAGGUGUUCUUCCAGCAUCACAGUUUGUCGAGGAUGAGGCAGAAAGUUUCGACCCGAUUACAACCCAUCACCGUUUCUCACAAAGCAGUUCUGUAAGAACUCGAACUGUGCUUCCUCCUUACAAUAAUAGUACAGACUUUCUUGAUACUAGUGGAGAUGCAUAUUUUCAUUUAUCUCCCAAUGUGGUGAAACAAUCAAAACCUUCGAAAACCACUAGUGUCAAACGAAAGUCUCAAGUACUAGGAUUUUAAGCACCAGAAAAAAAGACAAUGUUUGUGCCACCAAACUCUGGAAAGGAAGAAAAGCUUGAAAUAAUGUGUGUUAGAUUUUAGUUUGAGAAGUCUGACAAUUGCUAUAAAAUUAUAUUUACCGUUAAGUACAAAUUUAUUUUUGUAUUGUACUGUAUACAUAACUUCACUGUUUUGUACAGCCACUCCAAAAUAAAUGCUGCAUCAAAUACUGUUUGGUGGACUUGGGUCUCUCUUCCUCCUUUAAAAUACUUUCACAUAUCAAUCAAAUGACAAGAAAUCUGCUCCAUACAUUUAGAUCAAAAUUUAACAGUUCAUAGUCUGAUGCAGAGAAUAGCAUAAUCAAAUUGAGUAUGUGAUCUGGAAUCCACAUGCAUAAGUUGUUUACCAGAAAUGAGCAGAUAUUACAAAGAUUUUGUAUAAACAGUCUCUCUAUGCCUAAAUUUUCAACACUUCAUAGCAAAAGGAAUGACAUCUAAUAAAUUCAUUGUAUUACGCACGGUAACUUACAAAAGACAUGUUCUUCCCUGACAACCUCUUUAUCUGGAUUAUCAUUCUUAAUAUUGGAACUUUGUGUACAUUUAAACCUAUUGAACUACAUUUUAAAAAUGUAUUUUACUCACUGGCAAGAAUAUGUAGCUUAUGAUAAUUAGUUUCUUGUGAUAUUCUGUUACACUGCAUGUCAGUGAAAUGAACACAAGUGAAUGAGCUGGUUAUGGCAUGGUAUGACAAGAGACCCCAGCAAAUAGAAUAAUACUGAACUAUUUAGGUUCAAUACACAAAACAUUACUUAUCUACACAGAAAUGUAUGAUAUGGGUCAAAGAAAAACAUAACUAAAUAAUUUGCUGAUGUAUGUGUAUGUGUGUGUGAGAAUUUUUUAUUCAGACUUUCAAAUACUGAACUGAACACAGAUCUUCGGUUUUCCUGUUCUGUACCUUAUUUAUUUUAAUGGACUCUAUAAACUUAAGGCACAAAUAAGUGUCACAUAUAUCAAAUUCUACAGACCCAUGUCAAAUUGCUUUCUUCUUACACAGCACUCUAACUUUGCUUGAAGCACCAUAUUCUUAUGAAAUGAUGAAAAUUCCUAAAUCAGAUAAAUUAAUGAAAUAUUUAACACUGCAAAACAAUUUUUCACAUGAGAACACUAGCCAAUCAAAUAUUUUUCCUAUGUGUAUAAAACUUAAGCCUAUUGUCACAGUAGACUUAAAGUUGCAGUUCUUCUGUCAUGUGUUCAUUACUACAGAAACAAAUUAAUUCAUUUAAGUCUACCUCAAACACACUGGAAUUUGUCCUUCAAAUAAAACAAGUCUCUGAGGCAAGCAAUUUUAUUUCACACAUUUUUUAAUGCAGGCA